GGUUUUCGGGGAGGGGAGGUGGGGGAGAGAUCUGUCUGUGUGCGUGGCCCGGUCGCGAGGUGUGCGGGCCGUUGGAGAAGCGAGCGUCGGGAGGGAAGACGAGAAAACGAGAUCGCGCGCGGCUUCCCGGUGGAAACGGGAUAAAACCCACGCGAGACGCAGGGAAGAGCGCGAAGGAGCGAAGAGCUCACUUCCCCGCAGGAAGGGCGGGAGAGGAAGUGGAAGCUGCGAGAUCGUCGGCGCGCCGAUGGUGGGGAUAAAAGGGCGGUCGCGCAGGCGCGACUCGCGACAGAACUGCUUCGCGCGGCGACGCUCAGUCUCGUCCGUCGCAAUCCAGUGCAGAUAUACGUGCAAUUACCCUGUCAACAGUGCUUAAAAUCUUUGGUUCGUGCUUGUGCUGCGUUUCAUCAGCACACACGGUGAUCGAUAACGCACACCGACGGAGUCUGUCGUCGAUCGCCGACGUGUCGUGAUCGACGUGCGUGAGGACGAAAGAAGAAAAAAAAAAUAAAUAAAAGUAAAAGGAGUCACACCGCGGGAGGAAGUUUCGGAAGCACGCGGCGCGCGCGAAGGGAUAAAUCUGACGUAAUUUGAAUUUCAACCAGUAUCAAUCGUCGCGAAAGAGUGGAGGGACCGUUCGGCGUGAAGUUUGACGCGAGUCUUUCGGACGGUGAAUCUCGGCGCACGUCAGCGGCGUCAGUCCGGCUGGAACGCACGAAACGAGUGGUAGCGUCGAAGACGUCGCUCGAGUGUCGACCGGUUACCGGUCAUCGCGAGCGAGUGGUACGAAUCAACGAGAGGAAAAGGAGAAAAGAGCGUGCCGUGUGCGAAAGCGAGCAGAUGUGGUGCCGGGUAAUUUCACCUAGUUGCGUUCACGCGACCUAACUGCCGGCGUGAGUGGUGGAUCGUCAGUGUGUCCGCGAGUGUUGCGUGAGCCGCGAGUCCGCGAGUGGUUUUGGUCAUCGUGGGAUCGCUGGAGCUUCCGUACACGCCGUCGAGAUGAAGACUUGCCACCUGUGGCUAGAAGCGGUCGUCGUUCUCCUGGCGAUAGCAGGUGCGAACUGCCUGCGGGGGGUCAGCCUAGAGGUGAGUCCGGAGGUGGUGCAACGUGGCGAGAAGGUGCUUCUGCAGUGCAAUUAUGAUUUGGAGAAUGCGCCACUCUACUCCCUCAAGUGGUAUCGAGGCAGGCACGAAUUCUACCGAUUCUCACCCACCGAGGAAUCAUCUACCAAGACCUUCAACAUUUCCGGGAUUAAUGUCGACCCCGACAAGUCGAACAACAGCCAGGUAAUGCUUCGCAAUGUCGACUUCGGCCUCUCGGGUACAUUCAUCUGCGAAGUUACGGCAGACGCGCCAACCUUCUCCACAGCCUCCGCCUCGAAGAAUCUCACCGUAGUAUUUCUGCCCCCUGAAAAGCCCGUUAUCGUAUCGGAACGCGAUCGCUACGACCCAGGAGACAUGUUGAGGGCAAAUUGCAGCCUGCCGCCUUCGAAGCCACCGGUUCGCAUCUCAUUCACACUGAACAGCAUGCCGUUGGAGGCGACCACGAGGCAACAGCGGACGAAGGAAGACGAGGGAACGCAGUGGAGCGAGAUCAGUCUCACCCUUCAGCCGUUCCAUUACACGAACGGUCGUUUGAAUCUACGUUGCACCGCGGAGAUACCUGGCGUCUACUCAAAGCAAAGCGAAGUCCAGCUCCUUUCGGGUAUGCGCGAACCCGUGCCUGAAAGAGUAACCUCAGAAAACGGAAGCGGCACGCAUACGAUGACAUUUGUGACAAUACUCUGCCUGGGCACGCUCCAUCUGCUUCUGAGAUAGUCACGGCACGCCUGAGACCACGAAAAGGGAGCUCACGGGCGUCGCAUGAUAAAUAGCACACUAGUCAGCGGGAGAAAGGGCUGGAUGAAAAGACGAUGGAGGCAGGGUUUAAGGACCGCGUAUGGACGGCGCAGAAACAAAUAAUAUUGUUAAACCAUAUAUGAUUAUUAAGUGUUUUCUUUUUUUUCUGGUGGAUUAAAUUUUUUUUUUUCUGAACGGGUCAGGAUCAUAAAUUCUACAUGUUCCCCGUGUGCAAUCGUUAAUAGCAGCGCGAUGUUAAUUUUCAACUGGUGAAUCAUUUUCUGAUGCAGCAUUGCCAUAAUAAUUAGAAUCAUUUCGCCACACUCUGACGUCCCUGAAUCAAAAAGGACACGACGCGUUUAAUGUGACACAUUUAUCGACCGCGAAAUCGUCGAUCGUGUUAUCGUUACAUAUUUUACCACCUCCCUUUUAUAUAGUAUCGUUAUUUUGUAAGACACGCCGGUAUGCACGGAUUGUUUCUCGUUUGUCUUUUCGGUGAUAUACGAACUGAGUAAGAGAGGAGCGGCGAUACCAGUUAACGAUCCCUGGAUCGUGACCGAUGGAGAGAUAGAUAAUCGGAUAAAGGAUCACCGUAGCCAAAUCCGCUGUUAGGAGAUCCACUGCCACGCGCUUUACGGCACGGAGAAUCGAAGUAGCAUAGCCAAUUAGUCGCGUCCGAUUACUAUUACGACGCUCAAUUUGACAUUUGACGAGUAAUGAACAGAAGGGAUUUGUUCCAAGAGUGACAGCGAGAAAAGAAGGGAAGAGACAGGACUUUGAAGUCGAUUGCACGUAUACAUCUAUAAGUGCUUGUACAGCCCGCUUCUGAAGAUUUGCGAUCCUUGUUGUGAAAGAAAGAAUGAAUGAGAGAGAGAGAGAGAGAGAGAGAGAGAGAGAGAGAGAGA